UUAGGUACUUUACUGCAAGGUUGAUGUCAGAAAAUAUUCGAACAUCAUUCAACACAUGCUUGCAUACCUUAACUUCAUCGAGUUCCCGAGAGAUAAAAAGUUCGUUAUUAUAUUGUUCCACAGACAUAUGAUCGAUGUGGCAUCCAAUACCUUUCCAAUCAGCUUCUACUGGAAUUCCGUUAUUCAUUGCAAAUACCAUAGCUGAAUAGGAUGAAUAACCAUAACAGUAAUGAGCACCUUUACUAUCUUUAAAUCUUCCCUGACUUGAAAAUGUGAGUCAUCACCCCGGACUUGGGUAUGAUUGAAAAUGAAAUUUACCGUGGGCCUACAAGGGAUGAUUCCAUAUUCAAAAGAUGGCAUUCCGUCUCCAUUCGUUCGAUAACAUUUGUGAAUGGGGAAGCAAUUGCAGAGUGUAAAAACUCUCAUGGUCCUAAGAGAGGAAAUCAGGGUUAUUUUAAGGCAUCCCUGGAUGUUAUGAUAAGUGACGUAUAUUCAAACGGAUCGUUUAAAUCUCCAAGUAGAUUAUUCAGGAAUUUUGUCUAUGGUGAGGUUAGGAAAGAAUAUGAGAAAGAAGUAGUUGAGUGUAUAAGUAAAGAGUCUACAUGCCCCACCACUCUCCCGAAAGAUACAUUACUUCGUAUAUUUGAAGGGAUUUAUCAUAACACAUCGGUUCGUGUGUGUCAAUCUGAGGGUAAAGAAGAAGUUAUUGGAACCCCGAUAGACCGAGCUCUAUUUAAAUGGGCUAUAGAGCUACAAGCGAAGAUGAAUAUCACUUAUAACAAGUCUGACUCUAUCACGUUAAAAGGUCCAUGUGAUAAAUGCCUUCCGUGUAAGAAAGGGGUUAAAUCAGUGCCGAAAGUUGAAGCCAAAGGCACUGCAGUGGAGGGUAAAAUUCCCUCUCUAAAUGGGGUACGCAUCCAUUGGAAAGGCAAACCUGAAUUCAUUCUAGAAAAAUGUCUUCUCGAUGGUGCUGGAAAGGAAAGAAUACUUGAAGCUAUCAAGAAAAUGGCUGCAAAAAAUUUAAUCUGUAUUGCUAUUUGCACUAAUUCGGAGAUGAAUCAGUUUGUUCCAGAUGAAGAUAAUCGCAAACAGUGGGAAUUAACAUGUGAUCGUCUUGAUUUGUUGGCUGUAUUUGGUAUUCAGAGUCCACGUAUCUUACCUAAGGAUGCUCUUGAAAAGCAGGCUCCCUUGGAUUUCGACGAAGGAGAUGAUGAUCCCAGUUUGGAUUAUUUGGUUGAUUUGGUUGAUAGCACAAUAUGUUCAUCAAUUUCAAGCUUCGAAGAGAAUAUGGAGGGGACGCCACAGGUUGAGGAUGAGCUUUUUGAUCUGGAUUGGUCUUCCUAUCCGCCUACACUAGUUAAGUCUACUUGGCAAUAUGAUUAUGAAAUCGCCCUUUUUGCUAGGUAA